CCGUGAACGCAGCCUGCUUCUCCCGGAGAAAAGUGGGACUUUCCUGUGGGAUUCUACUCAGUGAGGUGGAACUAUUCGUAUUAUCCCAGUGUAGAUAAGUGAUGGUUUAGUUUGAUAUGAGUGGUUACUGUGCAGAAGAAAGGCUCACAGGACGCUUUCGUUGAGUUGUGACCGGUUUUUGGAGCUCGGUGGGGCUCUGUCGGUAUUCACUGCUCCAAAAAAGUCUCCAAAAACACUCAACAUGUCGCAGCCCGAGCAGAAAGGAAACACGGAGCCCGCGCUGAGCUCGGAACAGGAACUUAACGGAACAUUUGUGAACCCGAGAGCGGUCUGUAACGUGUGUAAACGCUUGUACCGGGACCCUAAAAUCCUCCCCUGCCUGCACACCUUCUGCUCCGACUGUAUCGGCCAGCUGGAGCCGUUCUCGGUGUCUUCGCGCUGCCGCCGGGACGCACCGGAGGAGGACAGCCGCCGGGGCGGAGCGGUGCCGGAGGAGCGACCCGCCGUCACCGUCACGGUGCUCUGUCCCGACUGUGACUCCGAGGUGGACAUCCCUCCGUCCGGACCGGGAGGGCUGAGCACCGACCACCUGGCGCUGGACGAAGUAUUCCUGGAGACCCUGGUGACAGACGGCCCGAUGGGAUGCGACCUGUGCGGGGAAGGAGUCGCCGAGAGCCGCUGCGAGGUCUGCUGCGUCAACCUGUGCGAGUUCUGCUGCCAGGCACACAGGCGGCAGAAGCGGACAGCCUCUCACUCUAUCCAGUGUCUGAAGGAGCUGAAGUCUCGUGGUCGUCUCUGCCGCCCCGUCCUCUGCUCCCUCCACCCCGGCCAGGAGCUGCGGCUCUUCUGUCAGCCCUGCGACCUGCCCGUCUGCCUGGAGUGCGCCGCCACGCUGCACCGCGACCACCGCUGCUGCCCCACCGGUGAUGUUAUUGACCGCCACGGAGACCGCAUCCGAGAACUGGUCACAGUGCGCCUGCGACCUCGCCUGGAGCGCCUGAAGGAGUCACUGCAGAAGGUGGAAGUAUCCCAGGAGGCUUUGCAGGCUCGGGUGGAUGCGGCAGCGAAUGAGGUGAGGGUGUUUGCACGAGGCUACGCCAGCGCUGUGGAAGCCCACUGCCUGUCUCUGCUGCAUCGCCUGGAGGAGCUCCGCGUCCAACGCAGGAACCAGCUCCACCUGCAGAGGGCGCAGCUGCAGCAGGCUCUGUCGGACGUCGGAGGCAGCGUGGAGUUUGCAGAGAGGCUGCUGAGCUGCGGCUCUGACGCCGAGAUCCUCAGCGCCAAAGGAGUGACCCUGAGGAGACUGACCAGCCUGGCAGAGAACAGCUAUGACCCCCACCCGGCGACCGUUGCCCCCGACGAUGGCAGCAGCAUCAACUUUUUGCCCAGGGAGCCUGCAGGGGAGGUGGAGGGCUACCCGGUGGUUGGGGUGAUCAACUCGAAGACAUUGGACCUCAGCAAGUGCACCAUCAAAGGCGAAGGUCUACACAGGGGCAGGGAGGGGCAGCAGGGCAACUUCACCCUGGUGUGCCGCGACUCAGCCGGGGAGCAGAUGGCACGAGGUGGAGAGCACGUCCUGGUCAGCAUCGUCCACAAGGAGAAGAAAAGCUGCACAGUGGAGACGGCAGUGGUUGACAACAGCGAUGGAUCCUACAGCGUUUCAUACACACCUAAAGAGCCAGGAGCCUUCUCAGUGUGGGUCUGUGUCAAAGCCCAGCACGUCAAGGGCUCUCCGUUUAUUCUCAACGUGCAGAGGAAGCUGAGGCAUCACAGUGGGACGUUUCACUGUUGCUCCUUCUGCUCCAGCGGAGGAGCCAAAGAGGCUCGCUGUGGCUGCCCAGGAACCAUGCCAGGAGGAUUCAAAGGUUGCGGCCACAGUCAUAAAGGACACCCCGGGAAGCCCCACUGGUCUUGUUGCGGCAGCACCGUGGAGCAGUCGGAGUGUUUGCCUCAGAGCGUGCUGGCUGCAGUUUCCCCCCGCGGCCACCUGCGAACUGUGGAGCUGUGAGGUGACACAGAGACAAGACGUGUCAGGAUGAUGCAGGUUAAUAAAGGAUGGCAGCAACAGAAAGGUUAGAGCAGCUGGGGGAGUGAGCUCAGGGUUGGUUGCUGUAAAUCCUGUGCAGACCUGACAAGGAAAGUGAAACUCUAAAGACACAGAGACUGAAGCAGGACAGCAGAGUGGCUGUCUCGCAUCUGCCAGUGCCUAGUUGUGAAACAGCAGCUGGGCUACCAUUAGAGACUAACAUAUAAGACCAACACAGUGUGAUGUUAUAAAGUGCCUUAUUGGUCUAAGUUCUGCCUACCUGUGACAAGAUAGAGGAGAAGGAAAAUGUCUCCUCCUACAUCAGAUGUGUUAAAGGGACCUUAUUUUCCCAUGUUUUUGUAUCAAAGUGACUAAUGGAGACAGUAAGUUUUGAAUUUGGUCCAGUGUUUAGUGAGAGUGGUUGAACUGGCUACAGCAUAAUGCAAAUUGGCACCAUCAAUGUACAGAGCCAACGUUUGAGCCGUUCAUUAGUCUUCCUGCAAUAGUCCUUACUUCUCCCGAGAUUUCAGAAUGAGACUUUUCCUUGAGCAAGACUUGACAGAAAAAGUUAGAUUUCUCUGUAAGGUUUUGUUGUGAGACACUUAUAUUAACAAUCUCAGCCGUCAGUUACAACAACUAGCACUUUUAAUGGAGUAUUUUUCAAUGAUUACGCUGUAGCCUGUUUGGCGGCUACAAGCUGCAGCGCUCACCCUCAACACUGAACCAAAUCCAAACCUGGACACGACUUUGACUCAAAAACAUGGGAAAAUAAUGUCCAGGAUGAAAAAUACCAAUGUUACCCUUUAACAGCCCUGCUGAAGAGCACCUUAGGCAACAGAGAUUUCCUUUCUCCAUUGUUACACUUUUCUUUCACCAGCCAUCUCCCGGUCUCAAGCAACCUCGAAGCUGCUGCCGAUUUCAAAGGUGCUGGAAUCCGUGCUGUAUAUUUCAAACGUAAGACUGCUGCUGAACUCUAAUACUUUUGUAUCUUUUAUAUCCUUCAGUCAAAUAUCUUUUGAAAUAUAGUGCCUCAAAAACAAUAGUGAUGCUCAAAGUUAUGAAGCACAAUUCUUAUCGAUCCGCACUGAUCACUGUUGUUUCAAAGUAUACAAAGGGCUGUGAUCCCCACAACCCAUCAGGUCUAUAGUCAGCAUUAACAUUCUCAUCAGUGAUGGUUUUAUUUUGGAUGGUACAGUACAGUAAUACCAGUAAUCAAGUCAGUAUUGGUAUGAAAUAUUUGAAUAAAUCUAAUUGUUUGCUAUUGAGAAAUUACACAGUAAUGGUACAGUUAAAAACAAAUAUCUGAGUAUCUAGAAAUAAAUGUAGUAUUAACUGUUAUUUCAUGAUACUUAUGAUGAUUAUUAUUAUUUAGUUAUUUGCUUGUACACAUACUUACCAAACUGGGUGAGUUAUGGGUUGAUGGGGAUAUUUUACCAAUAAAUACAAAGUAAUCACUGUACUAUUAUUACUGAUUAUUUCUUUAUGCUCACUUCAGGUAUUACUAUUACUAUUUUGGAACAGUUAUCACGGCAUAUUCACUUGUACAAACUGUGUAAUCAUUGUGUGUGUUAUGUAGAAGUAGAAUAACAGGUACUUACUUUUUUACUUGUAACAAUUACUGACCAAAGAUUGCCAUUAACUAAUAAAUAAUACUAUAUAUAUACUGCACCUAAUAUAAUAUUAGUUUAUAAUACUAUGAACUACAGGUACAGUACCUAGUAAAUAUAAUGCAAUGAAUUUAUUCUAUUGAUGAGCUGAGUACACUGUUUGUGAAGACUACUGUUUCUAUUGUCUUAUUCAGGAUAAGUGACCUGAAUCAAACCAGAAGCACUGAGCUGGAGUACACUGUGCCUGUGAAUUCACCCAGGACUGUUCUUGAGACUGUUGAGAAUGUGAAACAUAUUCUAGUUUCUUGUAAACCACAACGUUUGGCCCUUGCUCUGUGCGUACAAAUAAAUCCUCAAUGCUCCUUAUUGUUCUUAAUGAGGAGAAAGUCCAUGAAAUCUGCACAGAAUCAUGUUUUUCCUUCAUUAGCAACCCAACUCCACGUGCUUUGUGGGGAGUGGGGCUUUAUCUGGGAAACACUGUGACCUAGAAGGUGCAGUCAGUCUCCUCUUAGAAUACAAAGUUAUUCCACCCCAGAGGCUGCACCACAGCUUUGACUUAAAACCACAAACGUGGAACUCAUAAUGAACCACAUAAUACCUCUGUGUAUUCUCUGUUUUCUGAAUAUGAGUCUUGAGUGUGAGUGUAGUAUUUUUUAUCACAUACAAUGUGCAGGUUUCAAAGAUGGAUUGUAAUACUGACCUAUGCAAAUACUUGACAUGAGGACUAAUCUUUUUUAUUUGUGGUCUAGGAUCUUCAGAAUGACAGGAAACACUGUGCAUGUUGCUGCUGUUCACACUGUGUUGGAGUAUUACCCAGUACAUUUAAGCCUGUACAAUCAAAAUAAACACACACUUUUUCCUCA